CGCACUGCACGGGCCGCAUCGCCCUCUUAAGGGGCGGGGCCUGAGUACACGUGCUGCCCGCACAUAAACAGAGCGCUGCUCGCGGUGACCGCUAGUAACCCCGCACACUGCGCCGGCUAUAAAAGGAACUCCGCCAGAUAACCGCACGCUGCCGCCGAGGAGGUUUUUCUUCUUCUUCUAUUUCUCUCCAAGGCAGAGAGGGGGAGACAGUGUGCAGGACAUAUCCAGUCAGUGCACGCCAGGGGAAGCAUCACAUCUGUUGUGUCCGGGCUGCAGAAUACACCAGUCCCAUGAACGUGGCUGCGCUGAGGGGCUACUGAUGAGGGGGCUUUCUUCUGAGGAGCCAGCACCCUGGGCACAAGUUAAUGAGCAACCCAACGUCUCUGGUACUGCAAGCUCUUCUGCCCGAGCAGCAGAGGUGAAGCAGUGUGAACUCUCAGGGAGAAGGAAGAUGACUUACUGUACUCAACUAGGACUGCUCCUCUGGAAGAACUUCACCUACCGGCGGAGGCAGACUUUGCAGCUGCUGGUUGAAAUAGCUUGGCCACUCUUCAUCUUCUUCAUUCUGAUCUCUGUACGACUUUCUUAUCCACCUUACGAACAGCAUGAAUGCCAUUUCCCCAACAAAGCAAUGCCCUCUGCCGGCACACUGCCGUGGGUACAGGGGAUUAUUUGCAAUACCAAUAAUCCAUGUUUUCGAUACCCAACACCAGGGGAGUCUCCAGGAAUUGUUGGGAAUUUCAAUAGGUCCAUAGUUUCUCGAUUGUUUUCUGAUGCAAGAAAAUUGCUGCUAUACAGUCGAAAAGACACAAGUGGGAAGGACUUGCAUAAGUUUCUGACAAAUUUGCAUAGAUUUCGAGGUACAGGUAUGAAACUUGGGGAUUGCCUAAUGGAUAAUGAAAAAUUCACAACUUUUCUACAGCAAAACAUAAGCAUGCCUUCCAUCGUGGUGGAGGAAAUACUAAAUGCUGAUCUCAAAGUGGAGCAGGUUCUGAUAUCUGGAUUUCAAAUACGCUUGAAAGAUCUGUGCAAUAGCUCUAGAUUGGAGGAGUAUGUGACCAUUCACAAUGAAGAGGUUGCGAAAUUCAGCCAGUCGGUGAUAUGUGCGCUUCCUGAAGACAAGCUCAACCUUUUGGAGCAUCAGUUUCGCUCCAACAUUGACCUUCUCAAGCCCAUCACUAAAGAAAUGUCAUCAAAGUCUUUCCCCAUGCUAAGAGAGGUUACAGAAAACAUGCUGCACAGCAUGGGAGAUCUUGCCAAAGAGGUUAUUGGGAUGAAGAGUUGGGCUGACAUGAGGCAGGAGGUUAUGUUCCUUACCAGUGUGAACUCUACAGCUUCACCAACCUCCCUAUAUCAAGCAGUGUCCCGAAUUGUAUGUGGUCAUCCUGAGGGAGGGGGUCUAAAGAUCAAGUCCCUCAACUGGUAUGAAGAUGACAACUAUAAGGCACUAUUUGGAGGAACCGAAGGAGGAGAGAAUGGCACAGAGGAAGAGUCCUCAUCCAUCUAUGAUAAUUCUACAACUCCUUAUUGCAAUGAGCUGAUGGUGACCCUGGAGUCCAGCCCCCUGUACAGGAUGGUCUGGAGAGCACUGAAACCAUUACUUAUCGGCAAAAUCCUCUAUACUCCAAACACACCAGCCACACGUAUGUUAAUGUCAGAGGUCAAUAAAACUUUCCAAGAGCUGGGUGUGUUUCGAGAUCUCGGAGCAAUGUGGGAAGAAGUUCGUCCACAGAUCAAAACGUUCCUGGAGAGCAGUAAAGAGAUGGAUCUUAUCAGGACUCUGUUGACCAAUAAGGGCAGUAAACACUUCCUGGAUCGCCAGCUAAAUUCAACAGGUUGGACAUCAGAAGACAUUGCAAGAUUCUUGGCCAAAGAAUCGGUAGGACAGUCUGAGGGUGAAACCUUGUACACCUGGCGAGAAGCACUCAAUGAGACUGACCGUGUUGUGCUGACCAUGUCACGGUUCAUGGAGUGUGUCAAUCUGGACAAGAUAGAACCAGUGGAUAAUGAAGAAAUUCUUAUUGACACGUCCAUGUUGCUUCUAAAUGAAAGGAAGUUCUGGGCAGGUGUAGUUUUUGUUGACUUGCCAGAAGAUGAUACUGUACUACCUCAACACAUCAAAUAUAAAAUCCGAAUGGACAUCGAUAAUGUGGAGAGAACCAACAAGAUUAAAGAUGGUUACUGGGAUCCAGGUCCUCGUGCUGAUCCAUUUGAAGAUAUGCGCUAUAUCUGGGGUGGAUUUGCCUAUCUACAGGAUGUCAUUGAACAGGCAAUCAUUAGAGUACAGACUGGCACAGAGAAGAGGACAGGAGUAUAUGUUCAGCAGAUGCCCUAUCCUUGUUACGUAGAUGACAUAUUUUUACGUGUCAUGAGUCGAUCCCUGCCCUUGUUCAUGACAUUAGCUUGGAUCUAUUCUGUUGCUGUGAUCAUUAAGGGAAUUGUAUAUGAAAAAGAGGCUCGUCUAAAAGAGACCAUGCGGAUCAUGGGACUGGACAAUGGCAUUCUGUGGCUCAGUUGGUUUAUAAGCAGCCUCAUUCCACUUCUUAUGAGUGCGGGGCUGUUAGUGUUGAUCCUUAAGACUGGAAACCUUUUGCCAUACAGUGACCCAAGUGUGGUAUUUGUCUUCUUGUCGGUCUUUGGAGUAGUGACCAUCUCCCAGUGUUUCCUGAUAAGCACCAUUUUCUCCAGAGCCAAUUUAGCAGCAGCCUGUGGUGGCAUCAUUUACUUUACACUUUACCUACCCUAUGUACUUUGUGUUGCGUGGCAAGACUACGUGGGCUUCACUCUCAAGAUUUUUGCUAGCUUCUUGUCACCUGUCGCAUUUGGGUUUGGUUGUGAGGUAUUUGCACUGUUUGAAGAACAAGGAGUUGGUGUACAGUGGAGCAAUCUGUUAGAUAGUCCUCUGCAAGAAGAUGGGUACAGUCUAACUACGUCUUCCUUCAUGAUGCUGUUUGAUACACUUUUGUAUGGAGUGAUGACUUGGUAUAUUGAAGCCGUCUUUCCAGGCCAGUAUGGAAUUCCCAGAUCUUGGUAUUUCCCAUUCACAAAGUCUUAUUGGUGUGGAGAAGAAUCAAAACAGAUACAUCAUAACAGUUCUUUACAGAGGGAAUCAUCUGAAGUUUGCAUGGAGGAAGAACCUGGUCAUCUUUCACUAGGAGUCUCCAUUCAGAAUCUGGUAAAAAUUUACCGAGAUGGAAAGAAAGUGGCCGUGGAUGGCUUGUCACUAAGCUUCUACGAAGGACAGAUCACAUCAUUUCUGGGACAUAAUGGAGCUGGAAAAACUACUACUAUGUCCAUAUUAACAGGCUUGUUCCCACCAACCUCUGGAACUGCCUACAUCUUGGGAAAAGAUAUUCGCACUGAGCUCAACUCUAUUCGACAAAAUUUGGGAGUUUGUCCUCAACAUAACGUCCUCUUUGACAUACUCACUGUUGAAGAACACAUCUGGUUUUAUGCACGACUGAAAGGGCUUUCUGAAGAAAAAGUAAAAACGGAGAUGGAACAGAUUAUAAAUGAUGUUGGCCUCCCUAAUAAGAAAAAGUGCAAAACAAGUCAGCUGUCAGGUGGUAUGCAGAGAAAACUCUCUGUAGCCUUGGCUUUUGUUGGUGGAUCAAAGGUUGUCAUCCUUGAUGAGCCCACAGCCGGCGUUGACCCAUAUUCACGAAGAGGCAUUUGGGAUCUGCUACUUAAAUACAGACAAGGAAGAACAAUUAUCCUUUCCACACAUCACAUGGAUGAGGCUGAUAUCCUGGGAGAUCGAAUUGCUAUAAUCUCACAAGGCAAAUUGUGCUGUGUAGGAUCUUCUCUGUUCCUGAAGAACCAACUAGGCACUGGCUAUUACCUUACAUUAGUGAAGAGGGACGCAGACUCCUCCCUUAGCUCCUGCCGGAACAGCAGCAGUACAAUGUCUUGCUUGAAAAAGGAGGAUAGCGUCUCUCAGAGCAGUUCUGAUGCUGGACUGGGCAGUGACCAUGAAAGUGAUACUUUGACAAUAGAUGUCUCUGCCAUUUCAAACCUCAUCAACAAACAUGUCCCUGAAGCCCGCUUUGUAGAAGAUAUUGGCCAUGAACUUACCUAUGUCUUGCCUUACGAGGCUGCAAAAGAAGGUGCAUUUGUUGAGCUUUUCCAUGAAAUUGAUGAUCGUUUGUUUGACCUUGGCAUCUCCAGCUAUGGCAUCUCAGAUACCACUCUUGAAGAGAUAUUCCUUAAAGUGGCUAAUGACACAGGAGUUGAUACGGAGACAUCAGAUGGGACACUACCUGCCAGGAGGAAAAGAUAUGCUUUUGGAGACCACCAGAGCUGUCUACGACCUUUCACAGAAGACGACAAUCUAGAAACCAAUGAUUCUGAUUUGGAUCCAGGAUCGCGAGAGACAGAUUAUCUCAGUGGCAUAGAUGGAAAAGGGUCCUACCAAAUGAAAAGCUGGAGCCUGAUGAGACAGCAAUUUACAGCCUUACUUUGGAAGAGGUUACUCUAUGCCAGGCGCAGUAGAAAAGGCUUCUUUGCACAGAUUGUGUUACCAGCUGUUUUUGUGCUCAUUGCACUGCUGUUUAGCCUUAUUGUGCCACCUUUUGGAAAAUACCCCAGCCUUGAGCUCCAGCCCUGGAUGUAUGAUGAACAAUUUACCUUUUUCAGCAAUGAUGCCCCAGAGGACUCUGGCACACAAGCUCUUAUAAAAGCUUUGCUCGAAAAGCCUGGUUUUGGAACAGCAUGCAUGGAUGGAUAUUCUAUUCCGGGUGUUCCUUGCUCAGGGGAGGACUUAGAAUGGAGGACUCAGUUUGUCCCAGAGUCUGUGGAAGAGAUUUCUAAUGGCAAUUGGUCAAUGGAAAACCCUUCUCCGGCCUGCGAGUGCAGUAAUAAAAAUGUCAAGAAGAUGCUUCCAGUUUGUCCUCCUGGGGCUGGGGGCCUACCACCUUUUCAGAAAAAGCUAAAUUCUUCAGUUGUCCUGCAAAACCUGACCGGAAGGAACAUAUCAGAUUAUCUAGUAAAGACUUAUGCUCAAAUUAUUGGAAAAAGCUUAAAGAACAAGAUCGCGGUGAAUGAGUUUCGGUAUGGUGGUUUCUCCCUUGGUGCAAGUAGCACCCCAGUAUUUCCACCAAGUGAAGAUGUUUUGGCCUCCAUUAAACACAUCAAGAAACAACUCGACAUCUCAAAGAAUGGGGCUGCUAACCGUUUCCUUGAUAGCUUUGGGACAUUUAUGAAAGGACUCGAUGCAAAAGAUAAUGUGAAGGUGUGGUUUAAUAACAAAGGAUGGCAUGCUAUCAGCGCUUUCCUUAAUGUGAUGAACAAUGCCAUCCUCCGCUCCAAACUACCUGAGGGAAAGGAUGCUGCCAAAUAUGGGAUUACAGCCGUCAAUCAUCCUUUAAACCUCACCAAAGAACAGCUAUCGGAGGUUGCACUGAUGACUACGUCAGUAGAUGUCCUGGUUUCCAUCUGUGUCAUUUUUGCAAUGUCAUUUGUGCCAGCCAGCUUUGUAGUUUUCCUGAUCCAAGAGAGAGUGAGCAAAGCCAAACAUUUGCAGUGUAUUAGUGGAGUGAAGCCUGUGAUCUACUGGCUGGCCAACUUUGUGUGGGAUAUGUGUAACUACAUUGUGCCAGCAACAUUGGUCAUUAUAAUAUUCAUCUGCUUCCAGCAAGACUCCUAUGUAUCGUCUUCCAAUUUACCAGUGCUGGCACUUUUACUUUUGUUAUAUGGGUGGUCCAUAACUCCUCUGAUGUACCCAGCAUCCUUUAUCUUUAAGAUCCCCAGCACAGCCUAUGUGGUGUUAACAAGCAUCAAUCUUUUCAUUGGGAUCAAUGGCAGUGUGGCCACGUUUGUACUUGAACUUUUUACAAAUAAUAAACUAAACAACAUCAAUGACAUUUUGAAGUCAGUGCUGCUCAUCUUCCCUCAUUUCUGUCUUGGAAGAGGACUCAUAGAUAUGGUGAAGAAUCAGGCCAUGGCUGACGCUCUAGAAAGAUUUGGAGAAAAUCGCUUUGUCUCUCCUAUGUCCUGGGAUCUGGUUGGAAAAAAUCUCUUUGCCAUGGCUGUAGAAGGAGUGGUGUUUUUUGUCAUAACUCUGCUGAUUCAGUACCGCUUUUUCAUCAAACCAAGGCCAGUGACUGCAAAGCUUCCUCCAGUAAUUGACGAGGAUGAAGACGUGGCGAGAGAGAGGCAGAGGAUAACGAAUGAAGGGGGUCGGAGUGACAUCUUGGAAAUCAAAGGAUUGACAAAGAUCUACAGAAUGAAAAGAAAGCCAGCUGUAGAUAGACUGUGUGUGGGAAUACCCCCAGGAGAGUGUUUCGGCCUGCUUGGGGUUAAUGGCGCUGGUAAGACUACUACAUUUAAGAUGCUCACUGGAGAUACUGAUGUGACUGCUGGAGAAGCCUUCCUGAAGGGACACAGUAUCUUGUCUGAUAUGCAAGAAGUCCAUCAGAAUAUGGGUUACUGUCCUCAGUUUGAUGCCCUCAACGAGCUGCUGACAGGCCGGGAGCAUCUGGAAUUGUAUGCCCUUUUGCGUGGGGUGCCUGACAAGGAGGUUUGCAAGGUUGCUGAAUGGGCUGUGCAGAAGCUAGGCUUAGUGAAAUACUCGGACAAAUGCGCAGGAUCCUACAGUGGAGGAAACAAACGUAAAUUGUCUACAGCUAUUGCCUUAAUAGGAGGACCGCCAGUAGUAUUUCUGGAUGAACCAACCACAGGAAUGGAUCCUAAAUCAAGGCGCUUCUUAUGGAACUGUGCCCUGAGCGUUAUUAAAGAAGGAAGAUCCGUUGUGUUAACUUCACACAGUAUGGAAGAAUGUGAAGCUCUCUGCACAAGAAUGGCUAUAAUGGUCAAUGGCAGAUUCAGAUGCCUGGGAAGCGUACAACAUCUAAAAAACAAGUUUGGUGAUGGGUAUACCAUCAUAGUGAGGAUAACCGGAGCAAACCCUGAUUUGAAGCCUGUGGAGGACUUUUUCAGCCAUGCUUUUCCAGGGAGCGUUUUAAAAGAGAAACAUAGAGGAAUGCUGCAGUACCAGCUGUGCUCUUCACAGUCCUCCUUGGCCAGGAUCUUCAGCAUCCUUUCCAAUAACAAGAAAAGACUUCACAUUGAAGAUUAUUCAGUCUCUCAGACCACUCUUGACCAAGUGUUUGUUAAUUUUGCCAAGGACCAAAGUGAUGAUGAUCUUUUGAAGGACUUGUCAUUACACAAAAACCAGACUGUAGUAGAUAUGUCCGUCCUGACAUCUUUUCUUCAGGAUGAGAAGGUAAAAGAAAGCUACGUGUGACAAGCCAAACAGGAGACAUCUGGAGGAUUUAUAUGAAAAGCCUUCCUUGGAUGGACAUAAAUGCCAGGGAAUCAGGACUCUAGGACCGAAGCAGGGAGGCAUCAUAUACUGGACAACUAGAGCUACCACUCAAUGCAAUGCAAAUCAAUGCAAUGACAGACACAUUUCCAUAACGGAGGCAGAGCCUCUUGUGUUGCCUUGUUGUACUGUAUGCAAGUAAAAGACUUGAACAUAGAUGCCAACAGUAUGACAAUGUGAAUCUUUAGUGUUGGACCCACUGUUCCAAAGUGGGUUUGAAAUAAUAGCUAUUACGUACAAUAUAAAUUUUUGUAUUUGUUAUUGUAUUCUUUUCCAGGAUCGCAACAAUCUUACCACUGACAAAUCAUUACUAGUAACUAUUUAUUAAUGGGUUGGGUUUUUACAUGUGUGUCAGAAGAUCCAGACAUGGUUUGCCCAGAAGGACUAGCUUUAAUACCUUUGAUGUUCUAAGUGGUUCAGGUUAUUUUGAUGUUACCGUUUAAGCUACCGUGGGUACAUUUUGUACGUGCUUUGAAGCACAGCUUAUCAUUUUGUAGUGACUUCCAUUAGUGGUCAGAUAACAGCAAUAUGGACGUAGAAACAAGCGGCGGUUCAAACUAGGCCAGUGAAAAGCCAUUGCAUCCAGCAUUUCUAUGUGCCAGAAAUAGAUCAGUAGUAGAGGAUCAUAGCUCACAAAGUAUCAUGCAUGGAUGCAGUGCACAGUACCGGUUGUUCUACAGGCUGUCCAGCUUUUCUAAAUUUCUUUUGGUAGCAUUGUUACAUGUGUCCUGUGGUGUUAUUUUAGCAUUUUUGUUAAUUUUUGAACCUCAAGUAACAUUUUGGUUUUCUGUCUUGCUUUCCACUCUGCAAAGCCAACACUUUAGGUUUAGGAUAAUUCUGUUGUCCUAAGGUCUUGUGGCUCACAUUCUCCCAAAAACUAAACCAGUGCACUCCAGGAUAAUGGGACUCCAGUGCAUUUUAAUUAAAGUAACAUGCCCAGUUAGUUGAGAUGAUGUGUAGUUUUAUUUCCUUAGCUAUGAAGAAGGUGGUUAAAAGAUGGAAAUAAUGCUAUGACACAAAAAUGCACCUCAGAAAAAUCUAUUUGCUAUACAAGCAAACUACAGUUAUAUAUUUUUUUUAAUUAUUAUUAUUGGCAUGACCCUUUACAUUUAUUUGUAUAUUGAUUACUUUCUGUGUGUGACAGGAACCUACUAUGGCUAUUACCUUUGUACCAGAGUUUUUUUUUUUUUAAGAGGCUUGUUCGAACCCUUUUUUUUUUUUUUUUUUCAGAGCAACGCAAAAAAUAAAAAUAAAACCGAGCCUUGCCAAAAUAUACUUUUUAUGUGGUCAAACUGGUUCACUGCCACAUUUUUAUCUUUUGCUCAACCAGAAGAAAAUGUAGUGGAACAGUGAAAUUCAGGUGGAGCAGAACUAGGUUUGAUGUCCUAUCAUGAAGUCCUUUAGUGAUUUUUACAUAGGACUGCAGAAAAGUAUUACCGGGCACAAACAACAUUGCUUAUAAAGUUGUUCAUAUACAAACUUGGCCCUGCUACAUGUAUACUGUAAUAGCUCGGUCCAUCAGUGCCACCAUGGAACAUAGUACUUGUUACUCUUAUAAAUGGAAGCUCACGUAGGGAGUUUUACUGCUGUAGAUGGACUGUAGAUAUCUUAUAUGUAUAUCUAAUGGAAAAAUUACCACUAAAGUAACAUCAUGCCAGUAACUAUUAAACACACACUUGACAAAUAUUGUAUCCAAGGCGACCUGCUCAAACUGUGAGUGCCGAAUGUGUGGUUUACAGGUACCCCCUCCCAGGGCAUUAGUAAAAUUAGUAGCUUGUAUAUGUUAUUAAUAUAAGUUUUACACAAGCAGAAAAGCGCUAGUGCUUCCUGUAGUAAAUAUUCACGGUAUUAAAAAAAAAAAAAAAAAAAAUUAUAUAUAUAUCUCUGGAAACAUUACGUAUGCUGCUGGCAGUCACUGUUAACAUUCUUAGCAUUUUUGCAUA